AACUUCGUGCGCCGACUCGUCGACGAGACACUCGAUCGGAACGUGACCUUUUGUGAACAGCCAAAGCCGAUCGUCACGAGUCUGGAGGAGAUCUGCUCGAGGGCCUGGCCGCAGGUGGAGCGAAGACGGCAUCGGACACGAAUCCGCGCCUAUCUGAAGGCGUGCAGGAGAAACUCGCGUAAGAAUCAAGGCCGCAUAAACAUGAAAGAACCGCCGGUGAAUGGACUCUCCUCAGAGGCCAGGCGCGUUGCCAAUGCCGCGUUUGCGUCGGUAGAAGACAUGGUGGAAGAACUCAGAGAGAUCACGGACCCCAGCAGUGUCGGUUCAAGCGCCAUGACAACUGGUGCUGCUUCGUCGGGCUGCCGUGCCCUCGAGCCGCACCCACAUGCCACCGGACCGGGCUUUUCCGUCUCGCCUCCGUCGUCCCUUGGCCCAGCCCUCUUCCCGUGCCAUGUCACGUUGCCAGGCCUCCUGACGCCAACGUCGGUAGUUGCUCCGCCCUGGCCUCGACAACCGCAGACAGGACUACGCCCUGACAACUACGCCAACCCGCUGGGCCUAGAGGACGGGGCGCCAGCAGGCCGCGGGUUGGUGACGGAAAGGUUGAACUUGCUGUCGGGCCUGCCGGGGUGGAGGCCUGUUCCAGUGGGCCAGACAAGCGCUGUCAUGGCGACCAGGUCGUCUGGUCACGCGAGGUCGAACCGCUUUGGGUGUGUCUCAGGCGGGGUGGUCCGUUUCGAGCCGAGGGUCGGUUCGGCGAGCCUUCAAGACGGAUUCGGACUUUCGCCCAGAACGACCCCAUUCAAUUUGUCCUAUCACGGCGUGACGCAUGAAGUGGACAUGCUGACACUGAGCGACUCGUUCGUCAACUCCCUCCCGGAGCCGAAGCCGCAUCCGGGCGCCGGGUUCGGGAUUCUGCCGGAGCCAGUCUUUUUGAAUGGAACUCACCGACUGUCUGAGACCAAAAGUAUGCGUCCAGUGUCUACUAGCACCACGACUGUUUGUUGUUCUGAUGGGACCGAGGCAGGGGGGCCGGCGUCAGUUCUUCUAUCGCAGACCAGGGCCCAGACUGCAUCAGACCUCCUCGACCGAAAGGGUCCGCGCCCCAUUUCCGGCUCCUUUUCCCAGUCUCAUCCCUACCAACCAUUCUAUGAUCCUCUGCCAGGUCCCUUCAAUUCUGAAGUCGGCGGAUCUUCUGCCUGCGCUGCCGCUUCAGAACAGACCGAUCUCUUUCAAUGUCGUCUUUCACUAUCGGCCCAGGUCGUGCCGUCCUCGCGUAGGCCACAGCCGCUACGAGAGGAAGUACCGUUGCCGAGGUUCAAAUCCGGCUGGCGGAAGGAGAUAGGUUGUCGGGGCGACAAGCAGGACGAUGAAGAAGAACGUCUGAUUGCUCAUCUG